AUAAUUGAUAUUUUGAACCAAGAAGAAAGGAUAAAAAUACGAGACUAUAUCGAUUCAACUAAUUCCCAGCGACAAAGUGCAACUGAAAAAAAGCUUAAUGCUUUAAUUGAUAAAAUAAAAAAUUUACCAAAUCAACAAAUCAUAAGAAUUGAACAUAUAGUUAAUACUAUGAUCUAUCCUCAAGGUAAUAUGAAAGGCCAAAUAUUAUCGCCAUACUUGCAAAAUAAGGCGAUUGAGUUUGUGUCUAGUGGUUUCUUUAAACACUAUUCAUCUGCUUUCAACUUACAAAAUAAAAUAAAAAAGUUAGAAAGUAAAAACAAAGUAUUAACAAAAUCAGUAGAACAAUUGAAUAAGAAACUUAGAUCUUUUUGUGUAAAAAUCGUUCAAGCUGAAAAAAGAAAACAACAAUAUAUUUUUAAAAUUCGAUCUGUAGCUCAGAAAUCAAAAAAGAUAAAAAAAAAUCAAUUUCAAAUAGCUGCAAAAAAAAUGAUAAAGCGAAAUAAUAAUGAGUAUACAACCAAAUUUGUUAAACUUGCUACUGAGAUAAGCAAUAUUAGAACAAUUUCACUUUUAGCAACCAUCGAAUGUGCUAAAGCAAUAGCAAUAUUCUUUACUGGAGAAAUACCAAAACAUUGGCUAUCAACAGAAACUCUUUCUCGAUGGAAUAAAGAAGUUGCCAGAAUAUCACUUAAUCAAAAUCGACCAGAAAACCCAAAUUUACCUGCAUAUUCGUAUGGUGUAAUGGCUGAUAAAAGUACACGAGGAGAUAAAAAAGUGUUUUUGGUUUGUUUUGCAUAUUGGAAUGAGCAUAAUCAGCUGAUGAUUACUCUUGCAAAAAUGAUAGAUCUAAAUAAAUGCAGCGGAGCUAUUAUAGCUAAAACAGUAAAAGAAACAUGUGAAGAAAAUAAACUAGAUCCAGCACUAUGUGGAUUUUGGCUUACUGAUAAUACAGCAUACAUGUCAGGAAAUAAAUUGGGAGCCAUCGUUGAAUUCAACUUGCAAGCAAACGCAUCUUCCGGGAAACGAUGGGAAGAUUUAGGAAAUCAACAACUUUGCAAUGGCGUUUGA